GCGCUUUUGAGUCAGGACAUCAGAUCCACGUGAAAGCAUUCAGGAAGUAGAGUCGGAAGCGCUUACAUCGUUUUUUAGACAUUACCCGCACGUGUGGCGUUUUAGGAUUUUAAUCACUGAUUAAUUUAUUUAAAAUUCAAUAACAAACAAUUGUGCAACUAAUGUUUGAAACAGAAAAUAGUGUAUUAAAAAACCUACAUUUCUAGCAACUUUGAACUAGAAAAACGUGGUGCAACAAUCUUUUGUGAAAGUGCUUUUCAAAGUGCCAAGAAGUUCUAACGUCAAAAAGGUGAAUUCUACGAAAGGGAAACUGAUUUCAUCUGAAUUAUAUGAUUUAACUUACAAUUUAUAUCUGAAUUAGAAGUUAUCUAUAUGGAAUUCAAAAAAAUUGUAUCUGACCUUAACAGAAUUUAAGGCUAAAGUUCCCAAGGAUGGAACCUUAUCAAACUUGUGACUCACCGGAGUGCUAAUUGUCCACAAUAUUCUCAUCCGUGAAAAAUAUGGAGUCUUCAAUGGCGAAACAUCGCUCGAAACAAUCCACGUUCCCAUACUCAAAGAACACUCUGGGUUGAAAAAUCUCUCAACCACCGGCAAAACGAUGAUAGGCUCAAACUCAAAUUAGAUAGGGGACACGAGCCUUCCCCUAGGCACUAGUGUCCCCAAAUUGAGAAUGAAGUUGAUGCCCAUGCACUACCUCAUUGCUGGGAACAUCUCCGAGAUGCUACCCCAUUGCGACAACAUCACUGAGUUUACACAACACUGGGAUUCACUUAAUGAGAUUGGCUUCGGAUAUGAUCUAUCACCCAAUGUAACUUGUCUGGAACAUGCACCAAAUCUUACCAACAGUGCCUAUUUCAAGGCCAUAGUGCUUGCUAUAAUGACUGUCUUGAGUCUGAUCGCCAACGCUGCAACGAUCUACUCCAUAGCAAAGAACAGACGCAAAAGGCAAAGCUGUUCAGCCAUCUACACCUUAAUCUUGCAUCUGUCUAUAGCAGAUUUGCUGGUGACUAUCUUCUGCAUUGGUGGAGAAUCAAUUUGGAGCUACGCUGUGUCUUGGAUCUGGGGAAAUGUGGCGUGCAAGGUUUUCAAGUUCUUGCAAAUGUUCAGUCUCUAUCUAAGUACAUUUAUCCUGGUGCUAAUCGGAGUGGAUCGAUUCGUUGCAGUCCGCUAUCCCAUGAAGAGUUUAAACACUGCUCAAAGGUGCAAACGUCUAGUGAUUCUCAUCUGGAUCCUUUCGAUUAUCCUCAGCAUUCCACAGUUUGUAAUCUUCCACGAAGCACAAGGGCCUUUCAUAGAAGAAUUCACCCAAUGCGUGACUCAUGGCUUUUACACCGAAAAAUGGCAAGAACAACUCUAUACAACCCUCAGUCUCGUGUUUAUGUUCGUCCUGCCUUUGGUUAUACUGAUCACAACGUAUGUCUCCACUGUGAUUACAAUUUCCCGCAGUGAAAAAGUCUUUAGGACAGAACUGGCCAAUAGCUAUUCGAAUCAUGUUGCGGGAGACAUAAAUAGGAGAAGACUAAUGCACCGAGCCAAAACGAAGUCACUCAGGAUCAGCGUCGUUAUAGUCGCAGCGUUUGUCAUCUGGUGGACUCCUUAUUAUUCCAUGAUGAUUAUAUUUAUGUUCCUGAAUCCUGAUAAACACUUGAGUGAAGACAUGCAGACAGGAAUCUUCUUCUUCGGUAUGAGUAACAGUUUGGUGAAUCCAUUAAUCUACGGAGCAUUUCAUCUAUGGCCCCAAAGACGAUAUCAGCGUAACCAUUACAGAGACGGUUCUACAUUGCAGCACCGAAGCACAGUAACGAAUGCAAGUUUUAUGCUAAAUUCAAGAACCGGCAGCACCCGUCCACUUCGUCAACCGCCUAGAUUAUCCAAUUCGAGCCGUGGCUCAAACCAAGCUGAAGAAACAGUUGUAAUGCAAACGGCUGACGAAUCACGAAACAACAAUGAAAAAUUUCCUGGCGCAUCGACUCGGAUUAUCGUCCGAUACAACUGCUCCAAUAGCAGGGAGGCUGAAAGCAAAUUGUUUAAUGGCCGUGAAUAAUAAAAAAAGUUUUAAUCUAAAGCAAAUUUGAAUUUGCUCUUUUGGACUGAUUGGAAGCAGUACUGCCAAUCUUAUAGCGAUUCUGCCAAAUUUGUUAAAGAUCAGCAUAUUUCAGUUAUGUCAUGGAGCUCGCUUUUUUAUUAUUUACCUCGACAAUUCAACAUCCUGUUUCAUCUAUUCCCGAAUUACAUAAAAUAAGUGUAU